GAGUGGCGACCGCAGCAGGUCCCGUGCAGGUGAGGGGCGCGCGCCGGCCCAGCUUUGCAGCCCCCGAACGCGGCCUCGCACAGGAGUCACUGCAGUUGUUUUCAGUAGAGGUGUACUCUUGAGAAGUGGCUUCUUGGGUCUUCAUGCAGCCAUGGAUCUGGAUAAACCAUCUGUUUGGGGCUCAUUAAAACAGCGGACCAGGCCAUUGUUGAUCAACUUGAGCAAGAAGAAGGUGAAAAAGAACCCAAGUAAGCCCCCAGAUCUAAGGGCAAGGCAUCACUUGGACCGCCGCCUCAGCCUCUCUGUGCCUGAUCUCCUGGAGGCUGAGGCCUUGGCCCCAGAGGGCCGGCCUUACUCCGGGCCACAGUCUUCCUACACCUCGGUGCCCAGCAGUCUGUCCACUGCAGGGAUCUUUCCCAAGAGCAGCAGUAGCUCCUUGAAACAGUCUGAAGAAGAAUUGGAUUGGAGCCAGGAAGAAGCCAGCCACCUCCAUGUGGUGGAAACAGACUCGGAGGAGGCCUAUGCCGCUCUGGCUGAGCAGAGACGGGUGUCCAGCAACGGCAUCUUUGAUCUUCAGAAACCUUCCCUUGGAGGGGAUGCACCAGAAGAGCCAGAGAAGCUAUGUGGAAGCAGUGACCUGAAUGCUUCUAUGCCAUCUCAACAUUUUGAAGAACAAUCUGUACUGGGGGAAGCCAGCGAUGGCUUGAGUAACCUCCCCAGCCCUUUUGCGUACCUCCUCACCAUACACCUGAAGGAAGGCCGGAACCUGGUUGUCCGAGAUCGCUGUGGCACAAGUGAUCCUUAUGUGAAAUUUAAGCUGAAUGGGAAGACGCUGUACAAAAGUAAAGUCAUAUAUAAGAACUUGAACCCAGUAUGGGAUGAGAUAGUUGUAUUGCCAAUACAAAGCCUUGAUCAAAAGCUACGUGUGAAGGUAUAUGAUCGAGAUUUAACCAAAUCUGAUUUCAUGGGUUCUGCAUUUGUCAUUCUCAGUGAUCUUGAGCUUAACAGAACAACUGAAUGUAUUUUAAAACUGGAAGAUCCAAACAGUUUGGAAGAUGACAUGGGAGUGAUCGUCUUAAAUUUGAACCUAGUGGUAAAACAGGGUGAUUUCAAGAGACAUCGUUGGUCAAAUCGGAAGCAAUUAAGUGCCAGCAAGUCCUCUUUGAUACGCAACCUACGGCUCUCUGAGUCCUUGAAAAAGAACCAACUCUGGAAUGGGAUUAUAAGUAUAACUUUGUUGGAAGGGAAGAACGUCUCAGGAGGAAGCAUGACAGAGAUGUUUGUCCAGUUAAAACUGGGAGAUCAGAGGUAUAAAAGUAAGACACUGUGUAAGAGUGCAAAUCCGCAGUGGCAGGAACAGUUUGACUUUCACUACUUCUCUGACAGGAUGGGCAUUUUGGACAUUGAAGUGUGGGGAAAGGACAACAAAAAGCAUGAGGAACGUCUGGGCACGUGUAAAGUGGAUAUCUCGGCACUGCCUCUGAAGCAAGCCAACUGCCUGGAGCUGCCACUGGGCAGCUGUCUGGGGGCUCUCCUUAUGUUGGUCACACUUACACCCUGUGCGGGGGUCUCCGUCUCUGAUCUGUGUGUCUGCCCCUUAGCAGACCCCAGCGAAAGAAAGCAGAUUACCCAGCGAUAUUGCUUACAGAACUCCCUGAAAGAUAUGAAAGACGUCGGCAUUCUACAAGUGAAGGUUUUAAAGGCAGCAGAUCUCUUAGCGGCAGAUUUCUCAGGGAAGAGUGACCCAUUUUGCUUGUUGGAGUUAGGCAAUGACCGACUUCAGACGCAUACCGUCUACAAAAACCUCAACCCUGAAUGGAACAAAGUUUUUACGUUUCCCAUUAAAGAUAUCCAUGAUGUUUUGGAAGUGACAGUGUUUGAUGAAGAUGGAGAUAAACCCCCAGAUUUUCUUGGAAAAGUUGCCAUUCCCUUGCUGUCCAUUAGAGAUGGACAACCAAAUUGUUAUGUACUAAAGAAUAAAGAUUUAGAACAAGCUUUUAAAGGAGUUAUUUACUUAGAGAUGGACCUUAUAUAUAAUCCGGUGAAAGCAAGUGUUAGGACAUUUACCCCCCGGGAAAAGCGCUUCGUCGAAGACAGCCGCAAGCUGUCCAAAAAGAUCUUAUCAAGAGAUGUGGACCGUGUGAAAAGAAUCACUAUGGCAAUAUGGAAUACAAUGCAGUUCCUUAAAAGCUGCUUCCAGUGGGAAUCCACAUUAAGAAGUACAAUAGCAUUCGCGGUAUUUUUGAUCACUGUCUGGAAUUUUGAGCUAUAUAUGAUCCCCUUGGCAUUGUUGCUGAUCUUUGUCUACAAUUUCAUCAGACCUGUGAAAGGCAAGGUCAGCAGCAUCCAGGACAGCCAGGAGAGCACAGACAUAGAUGACGAGGAGGAUGAAGAUGACAAGGAAUCUGAGAAAAAGGGGUUGAUUGAAAGAAUCUAUAUGGUACAGGAUAUUGUUUCAACUGUUCAAAACAUCUUGGAGGAAAUAGCUUCCUUUGGAGAAAGGAUUAAAAACACAUUUAACUGGACGGUCCCCUUCCUUUCAUCUCUGGCCUGUUUGAUUCUGGCAGCAGCCACCAUCAUUUUGUAUUUCAUUCCACUGCGGUACAUCAUUUUAAUCUGGGGCAUAAAUAAAUUUACUAAGAAGCUUCGAAAUCCCUAUUCCAUCGACAAUAACGAGCUACUAGACUUCCUCUCUAGGGUACCGUCUGAUGUUCAAAAGGUGCAGUACGCGGAAUUGAAACUCUGCAGCAGCCACAGCCCCCUGCGGAAGAAACGCAGCGCUCUCUAGGGCACACACCGACUUUGGACAGCAGCACCCAAUAUUGUGUUUGGUUGAGUAGACCAAUGUUAUGGCUGUUUCAGUGGUACCCAAGGUGUCCUUCUGAAAUGCAUGCCCUGUGGCACCCUCUGUAUUCUUCCUCCUCCUUCACGUGCACAGACAUACACACAUGUGCACACACCCCCAUGCAUGGGUGUCCUAGUUGCAUAGAGGGUCAGCCCAGCAAAAAGCAACAAUCCUGAGACUGUGAAAGACUAACAUCCAUUCUGAAAUAGGAGAUAACAAGGCUGCCGUGGAUCUGAACACCACCUUCCUUGAGAACAGCCAGGAGCCCACUUGGAUUCAAGAGUGACUUUGAACUUGUUUUCACACCUCCAACAGAGUCUCAUUAAGAUUCAGUUAUUUCCACUCCCCAGCCCCACACUCCUUUCAGAUUAUUGUUCAUGGGCGUAAGUCUCUUCUCAGAGUCAACAAGUCUUUGGUAGCCAUCAUCUGUCCAAAUAUUGUAUAUCAUUAAAAGGCAUUUUUAAUAAUUACCAGAAUUAGCUCAAAUCUUUAGAGAUCUUUCAGCCAUGAUUAUUAAGGAUAUGUGUGUGAAUUUUUGGGGAACCUCUCGGCGCUGGAUGCCAGCCUGCAGCAUGGCCCAUUGCUGGCAAUGGAUGUCCCAGGAAGGUCCCUAGAGAUCACUCACUUGAAAAAUGAGGGUCCCAUGAAAGUAUUCGGUUGCCUUCUGAUGCCACUUCUUCUGACUUUACUUUUUGCUUAUUUUCAAAAUAUUAUAAAAUGUCAACAUAUAAUUUCAGAAAGGCAGGUGGGGGUAGGGGAGAAAUGAGUGAAUUCUCUACGUAUUUAGAAAGAUGAGAAACUGAAGACCGAGAGACUAAUAAGGCUGCUUACCUAAUUAUUAUAAUCAUUUCAUUUGCCUGAAUGUUUUAAGCAGGAAGUAGAAAUACUUUGGCUGCCCAAAUGUAUCUUUUGUUCCUCUUAGAAGUAAAAUAAGCUACAUACAAUAAAAAUUUAUUUCAGAACCCCAUUUCUAGAAAAUACCACCCCAGAGUCCUCCUUUGAUAGCAUCUGUCUCCUGCAGACCUCAUCAUUCUACAGUAUUUCCUUGCCAUGUAAAAAUCCUGACUUAGUGCAUAUAUAAAAUGUAUGCAAUGAAGUCUGUUUAAAUGAUAUUUAAGUUUUAAAGACUGUAUUUUGUUGACACAUGCUUUGUGCAGUUUUUAUAUAUGUAUGUAUUAUAAAAAAAAGUUAACGUAAAAAGAUCUCAUUUAAUAGUGAGUUUACUAUUUUUUUUUUGUCUCUGGGUUGUAAUUUAAUAAUCUUCAAACAAAAUGUUUACGAAAAAUGCCAAAGAUUCUAAAUCUUAUCAUCCCGUGUCUGUUUUUCUUCAUGUUGUAUCUCACUGGGUUGCUUUCUGGCUGAGCCAGAAUUCUGCAUGAUUUGAUUUACUUCAAGUUAAUGAAGCUGGCUGGAAAACAGCCUUGCAGAAAUUAUAAAAGCUCCAGUAAAUCUCGUAGUUGUACAUACAAUAGAUACCCAAGAACCUCUUUUGUUAAACCAGUUACUCAAUCUUCUGUGUAAACAAUGCCUCAUUGUCUUGCUUCUAACUAUCAUCUAGUUUAUCAUAGUCUGUCAUUUUGUAACGACCUAAGUCAGACAGUUUUAAACAGACAUGUGAGAUCUGAUCAGUCAUUUGAAUGAAAACUUUCAGCAGCAAAAUAACCCCUUAUUUAUUUAAAAGUGGAACCAAUACUUUAUUGUUGUUCUUUUGCUAUAGAAUUUCAAAAUGAAAUUAUUUGCCCGACAAGAAGGCAUCAUUAGUUAGACUUGUUUCCUCUAUAGCCCGAUUGAAAUUCUCAGUGUUAAGUUUAGGACCCAAACACCAGCUGGGAUGUAAGAGCAGGACCGAAUCAACCUUGAAUAAACUGUAUAUAGAAAACAAUUGUUAGUUGAUUAAGUAGACAUUGGAUGUUAGAAAGGAAUGUUAGUUGUAAGUGACAUGUUAAGAUUUAUACAAUUGUCAAAAACUUUUCGGAAAGACUCCAGAAUGCUUUUGAUAAAAUUUAUGGAUUAUGGAUUCACAGUAUGAUAAUUAAGUAGGGAUGUUGAAGUCUUGCCAAGUUUUCCUGGUUCUUUUCUCAAACUUUAUCCUCCCAUUUCUAGCCCUGUCUCUCUAUCUUACAGGCAUCUACACCUCAGCAAGUCAGAAACUAAACAGCAUCCGUCUCUCCCUGUCUUCAGAACCCCAACCCUCAUAAUCUCCUUCCAGCUUCCUUAUUUCCCUUACCGGGACUGGCAUUUUCUGGGCUCGGAAUUUCUCGGUCAUCCUCUUUUUUUGUUGUUCCUCGUGCUGUUGUCCUCGUCUCCCAACCCAUGAAGCCUGGUAGGUCCAGUGUCAAUGCGUUAACCACUUCUGUUCUGAUUUCCACCACCCAAGUGGAGGCCUUCAUAACCUCUCAGAUGUCACGGCCAUGAUGCCAGUUACAUUAUGCCUAGUUAAUCUUCAUUCAGACUGGAGGGACCUGCCCCCAAUUUCUUUCUGAAUAGAUUCUACUCUCCUUCAACACUUCCAAGUCUCCUGCCCCAAAAAGACUUAGUUAGUCCUGUGGCUGGAUGUGACUCCAAUUUCCUUUUUUGUACCCUCACGUCUUUCAUAUCUUUCUGGCAUCUGCCAUACAUCCUGAGAGGCUUUGACCACUGUUCUCCACUGAAUAGCCCAUUACAGCUAGCACCUAAUAGUUACUCAUUAAAUAAAUACAUGUUUAACAGGCCAGGUCGUAGAGAUUAUUUGUCUUUCUCUGCCUUUUCACGUGCUGCUUUCAGAACAGAGGGCUGGAUUGGAUAGAUUAGUAUGAUCUAUCCUGGAGAUUAAUUUCUUGUAUUAAGAGCUGAUUUUGUGUGGUAUUAUUUAUAAUCCCUGGCUAUGUCAAUUGUAAACUUUUAAAUUAUGUCUUAUAUUUGAAGUUCUUACCUACAUAUCAGAGGAAAAUAUAAAGUUUAUUUCAACAAUCUUUUGAUUCUUUUUUCUUGUAAAUUAUCAUUUAACAAGUCUAUAUUGAACGCUGAUAAUUUUCCUGAACAAAACAGACUGCAUUCCCUUGGUAAAGCCAGACAUUAAACAGAUACUUUCAAGCAACAGCAUGCCAUGCUCAGAUUUAAGUUUGAAAAAUAUUCUGGCUGCAAUGGAUAGCCUAGCAAUUUUCAAAGUUUAGAGACGAGUUAUUAAUGUUAGGCUUUUGUAGUACUCCUGAUAAAUGAAUAACACCCUGGACUUUCAAAUAGUGGCACUGGAAAAAAAAAAAUAACUAGAAUUGAGAGAUGGUGAAGAGAUAAAGUAAGCAGGACUUAACGAUUGCUGGACUACGGGAUGAGGGAGAGUAGAGUCAAGGAUGGCUCUCAGUCAUCCUGCCUCCAGGUCUAGGAAGAUGGUGUUACCUUUCACUAAGGGAGAGAACUGUAAGAACUGCUGUGAGAGGACCACAGGAGUCCAGUUUUAGCGCUGAAUCGCAGGUGCCUGAAAAGCAUCCAAAUGGGAAUGUCAGCAAGAUAAUGGAAUAUAUGGUUCUCAGAGAAGCAACACACUGUACUUGAGAUGUACACAAGUUAAAGGCAAACACUGCAUAUCAAAGUGAUUGAAACUAAAUGCUUCAAGAAGUUAAACCUUGAAGAACUCAACAGUCAAUGUGUAUAUAAAGGCAAGUCAGUUAAGAGUGUAAAUAGAAACGGGUAAAUACAGAAGAGAAAAACAGUCAGAAUGGACUGUCCUAGAAUUCAAUGGCAGAGCGUACUUCAAGAAAGCUGAUGUGGUCAAUAAUAUCAAAUGCCACUGAGAUCACAUAAGUACAGAAUCAUGACCUUAAUGGUGUGACAGUUUGGAAGCACCCCGGCAACAAGCCAUUUCAGUGGAAUGGUAGAGACGGAAACCACGUUGGGUUGAGAAGUGAGUGGAUAUGAAAAUAUGGAGCCUCUGAGUGGAGGUAACCCUUGAAAAAUUCCACUGUGGAGAAGAAAGGAGAGGGAGGGCUGGAAUUUGGAAUGAAAGGAGAUAUUUGGGAUUAUUUUAGUAAGAAAACAGAUGUGUCAUGACCUCAGUGUAACCCUAUUAGCUGCAAAAAAUUCUUCAUGGGCAUGAGAUGGAGUUAGCCAGAUCCAUUAUUUAAAACUCUGUUCUGCACUUAUACAUUGUUGGUUGGAGUGUAAAUUAGUUCAACCACUGUGGAAGACAGGGUGGGUAUUUCCUCAAAAACCUAAAGACGGAAAUACCAUUUGACCCAGCAAUCCCAUAACUGGGUAUGUACCCAAAGGAAUGUAAAUUGUUCUACUAUAAAAACACAUGCACACACAUGUUCACUGCAACACUAUUUACAGUAGCAAAGACACUGGAUCAAUCUAAAUGCCCAUCAUUGAUAGAAUGGAUAAAGAAAAUGUGGUAGAUGUACACCAUGGAAUACAAUGCAGCCACAAAAAAGAAUGAGAUCAUGUCGUUUGCAAGAACAUGGAUACAGCUGGAGGCCAUUAUCCUUAGCAAACUAACGCAGCAAAAGAAAACCAAAUACCACAUGUUCUCAUUUAUAGGUAGGAGCUAAAUGAUGAGAACACAUGGACACGUAGAAGGGAACAAAAUACACUGGGGGCUAUUGGAGGGUGAAGGGUGAAAGGAGGAAGAGGAUCAGGAAAAAUAUGAGUACAAGGCUUAAUACGUGGGUGAUGAAAUAAUCUGUACAACAAAUCCCUCUGACACAGUUUACCUAUGUAACAAACCUGCACAGGUACCUCUGCACUUUAAAAAAAAACUAUGUUCUAUCAAAACCUGCCUCUCAUUUAUGUAUUAGGAAUCUUAUGGCAACAGAACAGUUGAAAAAUUAAAAUAAAAAUCUUGUGAAAAUGCA